AUGGGUGCCUACGAAAACAUCAAUGACCUGGCUCGUACUUUCUUCGCUCACUACCCUAUUGAAGAAACUCUGGGAUACGAUCAUGUCGAUCAUUAG